UCAGUAAAGUCAGGACCGUCGCGAAAGGCGGAACCAAUUGGGAUACGGUUUUGGAAAAGGAACUUGGCAAACCCACAAUGGAAACAACUAAAGUUAAGCAGACGGAUCAGAGUGGGGACUCCAUACACAAGAAACGCGAUGCCAUCUGGCCGCUGGUUCUCUUCUAUAUCCACUUUAAUAUCCUCGGCGUCUAUGGGAUUUACGUGCUGCUCACCAGCGCUUCGUGGGCCACGAUUUUAUUCACUGCGCUGCUCACUCUCCUUGGCACCUUGGGCGUCACAGUGGGCGUGCAUCGUCUUUGGGCGCACAGGACCUUCACCGCCUCCAAGCCCCUGAAGGUUUUCCUCAUGUUCUGCCAGACGACCGCCGGUCAGGGCUCCAUCUACAGCGUGGUUCAGGCCCAUCGUCUCCACCAUGCCAAGUUCCAGCAGGACGAGGAUCCCUACUACAGUAAACCAAGCUUCAUGUACGCCCAGGUGCGCGGUGGCCUGCUGAAGUACUCGCCGCAGCAGGAGGAACUGCUCAAGGAUGUGGACAUGUCGGACCUGGAGAGUGAUCCUGUGGUCAUGUUUCAGAAGAGGUUCUAUGUCCUGCUGUACAUCUUCCUGAACGUACUGCUCUCGGUGAACACUCCGUUCCAGUACUUUGGUGACUCCCUGGCCACCUCCAUGUUCGUGGGCUUCUGGCUGCGCAGUCUGAUUGUCAUCAACCUGGGAAACCUGGUGCACUCAUCCCACUUCAUUUGGAGCAUUCACAAGGGCUUUAAGCCCACCGAUUCCAACAGUAUCUUCCUGAUCACCAAGAGCUACUGGCCGCAGUACCACUACCUGCUACCCCGGGAUUACCAGAGUGGGGAGUAUGGGAACUAUGCCUCCGGAAUUGGUUCCUCCAUGAUCCGUGUGUUUGCCGCCCUCGAUUGGGCCAAGGAUCUGAAGACCAUUGGAUCCGUGGCCGUGCGCCUGGGACUGACCAAGGCGGUGGAGACGGGUCGUCCGAUUGUCGAGUGCAUCGAGGAACAGGUGGAGUUGGAGGAAAACGCCCUGCCCGCCAACCAUUUCCUCAACCGGGAGAAGUUCAUGUGAAGUUAUGCGCCCAUUGCAUCAUCGGCCCACUAAAAUGAUGCGACAAAUGGUCGCGUCAGUCGUAAAAAUAAAUUAACCGCCGCGGAAAGGGCGGGUAGAGUAAA